CGCAGCCGCGCCAUUAUACGCAAAUCGCAUACUGCUUUUUCAAUGUGCAUCGGUUUAUGAAUGUGCGAGGUUAUAGUCCAUCUGUUCUAGACAACAGGGAUCAUUCAAUCCAGAUCAGCUAGACGUAAAUCAAAUUUCGCUGGUGAUGGCAUUGCGGGCAUGUGGAUUUAUCAUUUUUCGUCGUAUGCUACAAAAACCUCCUCCAGAUAAUAUAGAGUUUCUACUUCUACAAACCUCCUAUGGGGAACACCAUUGGACACCACCCAAAGGUCAUGUUGACCCUGGAGAGGAUGACUUGACCACUGCCUUGAGAGAGACUCAGGAGGAAGCAGGUUUGGGUAAAGAUAAUCUGUGCAUGGUGGAAGGCUUCCUGCAGAGGUUACACUAUCAGGUGAGGGGAAAGGACAAAGAGGUCCUCUACUGGUUGGCUGAACUCCGUGACCCAAACACAAGGGUCAUCCUUUCUGAAGAACACCAGGAUUACCGCUGGGCCAAACUAGAGGAAGCCUGCAAACUGGCAGAAUACCAGGAUUUACAGGACACACUUACAGCAGCACAGCAUUAUCUAGAGGCAAAUGGCAAACAGUAACAUGUAGAACUAUCUACUAACACUAUCAGCGCUAAAUACUUCUUUCAUCUUUACAAAAUGGUUUUAGGAUACUGUACUAAAACUCCCUCGUUUAAGAACGUAAUCUGAGUAUGGUUUACAGUGUAAGGCUUUCUCCUCAAAAUGCAUUUGUUCAAUAUUGCAAUUUCAUACUAGUAAUCGAAUAUCAAAUCAUUGAAUGUCCAGAAUCUUUUUUUUUUGUAUGUCAGUCAUUUUGUUAGCAAUCCUGCGUCAUGCCAAAUAAAAUACAUUGAAACAGU